AGCUUUUCCCUUUGGCCCAACUUCUCGCCAUGUCCGCCAUUGCAACCUUCGUCCGACCGUGGAGUGGCGCGAUCUCAUCGCAGCCGUGUCCACCUUCGGCAACAAAGGACGUCGCCCCGGCGCCCGUCCCACGGGCGUCCGCUGCGGCCGCGGCCGUCGUCGCGGCGCUGGGCGCCGGCGCGACGACCGCGCGGUCGGCGCGGCGGUGUGCCGCGCGGGUGAAGCGGAGGGCGCACGUGAGUCGCCGUGAGCUGCUCUCAGCCGCUCCAGUCGCCGCGCCACUGCUCGGGCUGUCCACGACGGCGGACGCACAAACUGCGGCGCGGCUGCAGGUGCCCAGCUUUGGUGUCGGCGCGUGGGCUUGGGGCGAUCGCCUUUUCUGGGGCUACGAUGAAAAGCAAGACUUGGAGAUCCGUGCAGGCUUCGAUGCUUGCAUCAAGGGCGGCGUGAAGCUCUUCGACACGGCGGAAAUCUAUGGCCCUGGCCGCAGCGAGGAGCUGCUGGGGCAGUUCUUGCGCGAGAGCGGCGCGAAGGAUGUGCAGGUCGCCACGAAGUUCGCGGCCUUCCCGUGGAAGCUGGACCGCUCAGAGGUGGUCAAGGCGUGCAAAGGUUCCCUGGAGCGCUUGGGGAUGGAUUCCAUCGACAUCUACCAGAUCCACUUUCCUUCGGUGUGGAAGAAUGAGGUCUUUUGGGAUGGUCUGGGCGAUUGCUACGAGCAGGGCUUGGUGAAGGCUGUGGGCGUCUCGAACUAUGGUAGCUCUGCGGUCCGAGCCAUCAGCAAGACCUUGGGGGAGCGAGGCAUCCCGUUGACCUCCAAUCAGAUUCAGUACAGUCUCUUAUACCGAUAUCCGGAGUUGAACGGAAUGAAGGCCACGUGUGACGAGCUGGGUGUGAAGAUCUUGGCUUACAGCCCUCUUGCACUGGGCGCUUUGACGGGGAAGUGGAGCGACCAAGCGCCCAGUGGACCGCGUGGAGCCAUCGCGGAGAAGCUCAUGAAGGAUGAUCAAUGGCAAGGACUGUUGGAUGCAAUGAAGGAUGUCGCUGGGCAACAUGGACCUGAGACCACUCUCUCCCAGGUGGCCAUCGCGUGGUGCAUCGCCAAGGGCACCACGCCGAUUCCGGGCGUGCGGAACGUGCGGCAAGCCGAGGACAAUCUUCGUGCUCUCCAGCUGAAGCUGAGCUCCAGUGAGGUGGAGGCUCUGGACGGCGCCGCAGCGAAGGUCUCUGGCUUCCUCACGCCCCAAGACGGGCCCUUCGGGAAGUUCCUCAGCGAGUCCAAGGAUACCAAGCAGCGCAUGUUUGAUGCCUAGGCCUCGUCUCCAAGACACAAGGCCUUCCGUCUCUGGCCAGCUGUACUGGCCCUCGUCUCGCAAAGACACGUUGAGACCUCGAUUGGC